ACCUGCCCGCAUGGCCGCGCCACCGGGCCUGCCGCCGCCGCCACGCAGCCUCAGCGGCGCCAGUCUGAGCGAGGCCACGCAGCCGCCCCCGCCUCAUACGAGCCACCAGCCCGCCUCCCGGCUCGACUCGCAGCUGUCCCUGUUGCGCCGCGAGAUGCUCGGGCUUCGGCAGCUGGACUUUGCGCUGCUGUCACAGCUGUGGUCCCUUCACGAGUCCAUCCAGGAACUGCGUCAGCUGAUGCAAGAGCAAGAGGAGGGACCGGCACUAUCUCCCCCUUCCCCUUCCAGUGCCGACGAAUGUGACGACAUGUACUCCCCGCUGCGGUACCCACCAGCGCUGUUGUCCGCAGUGCCUGAGCAGUACCGCCUGUGCGCUAGCUCAUCGCCCUCCAGCGGAGAAUACUAGCAUCUCUUAGACCCAUACAAGUCACUGUCUGUGGUGCCUGAGCAUAGCUUCUGGCCCUCCUAUACUAUCUGUUGGACACUGCUCACUAUGGUUCCUGGGCUGACCGACCAUGCACUGCUCCUCCUCUAGCUGAAGAUACUAGCAUCUCCUCUACUAUACUCACACCUACUGUACCCACCAGCACUGAUGUCUGUGAUACCUGAACGGUACUGCAGUACUGCCUGUGCGCUAGCUCCUAGCUCUCCUAGCAUCUUUCCUCUGCAUUGUAUAAAACAGUAAUUUUCUAGCACCUACCGUACUUCCGCUCUACUGUCUGAACAUACCACCUGUGCGCUAGCUCCUCGCCCCCGGUGGAAAAUACUGGCGUCUCUUCUCUACCAUGUAUAUGACAGGCACCUAUUCACACCAUCCUUACUUGACACUGCUGUUGUCUAUGGCUUUCGAACAAUGUUGCGUAGGCUGUAGCUUCUAGCCCACCUGCUGAGAAUAUUAGUAUCACUAUCAUCUACUAUGUAUAAAACAGGCAUCCACUCGCACCUACAGUACCCACUAGUGCUGUUAUCAUCGGUGAAUGAGCAGUAUCAUCUGUGCACUAGCUCCUUGACAUCCAGCGAGAAAUACUGUCGUCUCUCAUCUACAUUGUAUAAGACAGGCAUUAACUCACACCUACUGUACCCACAAGUGCUGUUGUCCACAGUCUCUUCACUGUUCAUUAUAGCGAAGUAUAGUAUGCGUGGGUUACCCACGAGUCUAGGAUUUCAUGGUGCGUGAGCAUUACCACUUUUGCGGUAGUAGCUUCUUGUUUUCCAGUGGAGAGUACUAGCUCCUCUCCUCCACAUUCAAUUAUAGCGAGAGCGACAUUUACUUUGCCCAGGGUACCCACCAGCCCUGCUUUCUAGAGUGCGAGAGCAUUACGUUCUAUGCAUUAGCUCAUCGCUUUCCAGUGGCGAGUUUAUGGUCUCUCCUUCACUGUAGAUUAUAGUGAUAUUUACUAACAGCUCAGCUUCUCAGGUGUGAGAGCAUUAUCACCUGUGCAUUAGCUCCUUGCCUUCCAGUGCAGAGUUCUAGUGCCUCUCCUCUGUGUAUUGUAGCAAUGUAUAAUGCUCCGUGGGAAGCAGACAAGUAAACACAUUAGCAGCCUGCAUUCUGGUGUCCAGCACCCUUUGUGAUAUGAAACUUUCAUCUUCAGAUAGUAGAUGGUUAAGCUGUUUAAAGGUAUUUGUAUUCAGUACAAUUCUGUUGUGAAAGCGUCCUUGAUAACUUUGAAAUGCUGCAAUUCUGCUUAGUUUCCCAUACACCAUGUGCAUAUUGGUCAUCUUCGCGAAUGUUACGUGUUACGUGUCAUGCCAUUGCUGUUCGUCAACUCGCAGUACUGAACAUAACUGUCAACACUAAUCCUCAAAGCUAAACAUGUAAACCCCUCACACUGUGCUGUACAGAAGAGACUGCUAGUUUCUUGUGCAUAUAGCCAAGUCUAAAUGUUUUCACACUUCUCGUCACCUAUUUCCCGUGGAACAUUUUAACAUCACUCUGUUGCAAUCACGAGAAAUUUAAAUUUGCACUCUACUUUUUAUGUCUAUAACUUUGCAGUGUUGAAUUUAUGGACUGAGGUUUCUUAACAAAUGUUUGCUAGUGUCAGCAUUUUCUGCCACCAAUUUAAUUUAUGACCAGCGAUUUCCGAACACACUUUAUACUUGCCGCAACAGUACCUGCUAGCUCUGCUCUCUAUGAUAGCCGAUCAGUACCGCCUAUCCACCAGUUUCUCUCCAGCCAGUGGCGAAUGCUAUACGGCCUCCAUUUAAUGUAUGAUUUCACCAUCACCUGCUAGCUUAUCUGUCUUCAGUGGCCAAGCAGUACUGUCUGUCCACUUUCUCUUAUCCAGCAGUGAGUAAUGGGGGCACUGCAAUGGUGCCUGCCAUCCCUGCUGUCUGCAGAUGCAGAACAUUACCGCCCAUCUAUCAGUUCAUUUCCAUCCAGUUGUUAGUAUUAGCAGUCCUCCUUUCAGUCGCUGCUACAGUACCUGCCAGCUGUGUUGCUUGCGGUGACCAAGUAGUACCAACAGUGGCUUUCGGGGCUCUUCUCAGAAUGAAUGAUAGUGACGUAUACUUGCUUGUGGCUACUGUAUCCAUCAGCGCUACCGACUGCAGUGGCCAAGCAGUACUGCCUGUCCAGUUUUUUUUCAUCCCACAGUGAGUAUUAGCGGCUCUACUCUCAAUAGAUUAUAGCGUCAUAUUCUCGCGGCUGUGAUACUUGCCAUCUGUGAUGUUUGCCUGUAUGCCUGUCCACCAGUUUCUCCCCCUCCAGCUGCACUCUAUUUAAUGGAUAAUAGUGACAUAUACUUGCCGCUAUGUUACUGGCCAACCAUGAUGUCUGCUUUGACCAUGUAGUGCUAACUCUCCACCAGUUCCCCUUCAUCCAGCUUUUAUUCAUUAGUGGCCAAUCUCUUAAUGUAUACUGACCACUACGUUACCUGCCAGCCCUGCUUUUUAGGGUUUGCGAGCAGUAUUGUCAGCGAUUUCUUCAUCCUCGAUAAUCAUAUAGAGCUGUCUUCCCACACUAUUGAUGAAAGUGACACCUAUUUGCUUCUUCGGUUCUCGAAAGUUUUGCAGACCACGUUUCAGGAGUAUUUUUGCAUGUUAUAUGGCUUUUGGCUUUCCAGAGUUGAUUACUUGCUGCUUUAUUGAGCUGCUUAUCUUACCAAAAUGUUCUGCAGAAUUAUGUUGUUUUUUUUUUUACCAAAAAUAAAUUAAGUUGCACAUUAAACUAUUUUUUUGUGCUAUCUUGCUGAAGCUCGGAGAGUUUAAAUCUGGAUAUGUUAUCUACAAUAGUUUUUUAAAAUAUUUAUUUGUAACCUAAGAACUUAUUGUUUAGAAUUACUUUGAAAAUAAAUACUUCUCUCAAAAUGUAAUUGAGACCAGUAGCGGAUCCAGAGGGGGGGCUAAGGGGCUCAAGCCCCCUCCAAAAGCAUCUGGGUCCACUAUUGUUUUAGUUUUUGCCUUGAUAAAGCCUAGCCUCAGCUGGGUCAAGCCCCUCCCAAACCAAAAUCCUGGAUAUUUGUAUGUUUUUUAUAUAUAAAAACAAACUUACCUGUUUUCUUGUCCUGAUUUUAUGCUAAUUUAUUGCAAUUAAUAUUGGUGUUAAAAGUUCCUCAAACAUCCCUUUUCCGGAAAAAAUUCCCUUUUCGCUGGAAAAUUUCUCCUUUUUCUCAAAACAUCUGGAGAGGCCAAAUUUCCUUUUAGAUGGGCAAUUUUCCUCAAAGAAAUGGAAUUUUCCUCAAAAGCCCCAUCAGAAUUCUUGACCUUGACCUUGGUGAUCAUUUUGGAUCCAUAAUAUUGGUUCCGCCAUCUUUAAUUCUGCUGUAUGGACAUUGAGUGCCCCACUCCCGAACGCUGCAGUUUUCUUUACGGUAGAACCUUGAGCCAUUUUGGAUUCUGACAUCUUUGAUCUGGCAUUAUAGACACUGUUUCGAUUCUGACGUCAUGUCCGCCAUGUUUUCAUCUGUUGGAGGCCACCAUAUUUGAUGUCACAGCCACCGAAUGGUGAAAACCAAUUUAAGUCCUGCAUAAUUAAUCUCAGUUUAUACAUUUAUACAUAUGCUUGUAUGUUAUGUCUAAUAAUAUGCUUAGCACAUCACAUUUUUAUGCAUAUACAUAAUAUAUCUUAAUAUUUUUAAUGUUACAUUAACUGAGCUGGAUUUUACAAGACUUCAGUUGAUUUUCUUUGUGUGCUUCUGGUUAUUUCUGCAAAAACAAUUGCUGCAUGCAUUUUUGGUAGAUUUCAAAUAGGCUAAUUACUACAUAUUGUAGCCACUACCAUGGUGUGACUUGCGAAACAUUUUUAUAUAGUUUUUUGUUUCAUGGUCUAUGGACCCCAAAACCAUCGUCAACUCAAAAGUUUAUAUAUAUUGUGAACACAAUAACAGUCACAAUUUUUCACAAACACUUCCAAACUGAUACAUAAAACCUAGCAGUGUAAAAUCUCAGUUGAGUUUGUUAAUGGACAAUAUCCUACCAAAGGGGUAGGAAUGUGGAAGGGCAGGUUGUGUCGCUGUGCUGAGAGAAACGUGUCCUGACGUGAUAUGACCAUCAUGCAUGAUAUUGCAAUUUACUGCGACGAGAAUGAAUUCACUGUUGAAAAUGGUGGCUGCUAGUUUGUCAAGACGAGUGCGUGUGGUUUUAAUGUUGGUGCAUCACCACAUUAAUACAUCUGUUGGCUGGUAUGGUAAAUAAUGCAGCAUGCAGCUGUAUUUAAUUCUUCCGGAGGGCGUUUGACCUCAUGGUGGAACUUUGUUGGAGAUUGCCAGCAAACGACAUGAUGAAGUGGUCAGCCUCAUAUUAAACAAGGCCAUGUUACUGGUGAGCUAUGUUUUGCACAAGUUUCGGUUACCGUUCAGCGAUUGUUUGGUUGGAGCUAAUGACUAAAAUGUGUCUAGUGGUAUGACCCAUUUAUUAAAUUUUUUGUUGCAUCAAACUGUAGGUGUGCAAUUUACUAUUCCAUGGCAGUUAGUAAUAAUUGUUAAUAUGCAGCAUAAACUUAGAAUCAUCAUGAUACAGUACUAUUAUUAAUCUGUGUUUUUUUUUUUUAAAAAGAAAAUUAUUGUUGCAAGCAACCAACCAACCAUGUUGUGUGAAUUCAUGUGAUUUAGCGAUUUUGUCAAGCAUAUAUUGUGUGUUGCUAGGAUUCCAUAGUUUAUACGGCCUAUAAGUUGUGUGUAAUUAUAACAACUAGGUAUUUAGAUAAUAAGAUAGUUGAAUAUAUGUCACUAAAAUGAUGGUGAAAUUCAUGCUAUGGAUGUAAGCAUUUUACAUUCAUUGGACUUAGUGACAUUAUAUAUUGCAGUCCAAAGUUAAAUAUUAAGAACUCAAACUGUCUUGAGUCAUAACAUCUAAAUGAGAAUUUAUAUUUUGAUUAUGACAUUUUGUUCUUCAACUAGAGACUAAACCAUUCAGUGAUCAGUUAUUUUGGUUUGUGGGAGACUAGUGGUCCGAGUUAAAAUCUCGUGCAAAAAUAAUACCCUGAGUGAAAAUCCUAUUGGAUUUAAUAAAAACUUUAAUUAUAGUAAGAAAUUGUAUUAAAGGUACUGAUAUUCCUAUAAAGAACUCUUGACUAGACAUUUAUGUCCUUCCUAAAAUCCUGAAAUUUUUCUCCCUUGGACAUGCUAACCAUAAGGUAUGUGUGAGUGAUACAAGCAUAUAGUAAAAAUUUUACUUUUCAAGAAAAUGGUAUUUACAUUUGUUUAGUCCAUUGUACAUAUCAUUAUUGUGGAUAGUAUUAUUGGUGUACCUAGCCCUUAAGCAUUUACAUGCUGGUUUAUUGUAUUGCAAUUACUGUAUUUUGCACAUGUUUAGUUAUUUAGUUAUUUAGAGGAUAUCAAAAGUCACUAAAAGUGUGAUCUGUUAAAUGGUUUAGUAAUAAAAUGAGAAUAUAAACAAUAGUAUACUGAAA